AUGUCUUCCUCUUUCAUCUCCCUUUUUCUUUUCUUAUCCCUCACUAGCUUCAUAGCUUCUGCUCAAAACCCUCAUUACCUAAAUCGUUAUUGUCCAAAUAGGACAACUUACACAAGUAACAGCACUUACUUCACCAAUCUCAAAACCCUUUUGUCCUCUCUCUCUUCCCCUAAUGCCUCUUACUCCACUGGAUUCCAAAACGCCACGGCGGGACAUUCCCCCAACAGGGUCACCGGACUUUUCCUUUGCCGCGGAGACGUCUCGCCUGAAGUUUGUCGUAGCUGCAUCAUUUUUGCCGUCAAUGAAACCUUCACUCGGUGUCCGAAUGAGAGUGAGGUCGUGCUCUAUUACGAUGAGUGUAUGCUCAGAUACUCUCACCAGAAUAUUCUAUCUACCCUUACGUACGACAAAUUUAUAGUCAUGCACAACAGGAAUAAAAUUUCUUCUAAUCAAAAUCAAAUAGAUCGGUUCAUAGCUUUUGUGUCCACCACGAUGAACCAAGCUGCCAUCGAAACAGCCAGAAGUUCAAAAAAACUCUAUACGAUACAGACCGAAUUGAACGAAUUUCAGACAUUUUACGCGCUCCUUCAGUGCACUCCUGAUCUAACAAGACAGGACUGCCAGAGAUGUUUGCAAAGUUCAGUCGGUAGAAUGUCUCUUAACCGAGUUGGAGCAAGACUUCUUUAUCCGAGUUGUAGUGCAAGGUACGAGCUCUAUUCUUUUUACAACGAAACCGGCGUUAAAACACCGCCACCGCCACCACCACCACCGCUACAAUCGCUUGUGCCUAGUACUCUUCCGGUGAUUUCUCCUUCACUACCUGGGAAAGGUCGGAAUUCAAGUGUGUUAGUGGUAGCCAUUGUUGUGCCUAUUAUGUUAGUGGUUGUUCUGCUUUUCAUAGCUGGUUACUGUUUCCUUGCAAGGAGGGCAAAGAAAACUUAUGACUCAUCCCCUGGAACUGAGGGAGAUGAUAUAACAAUCAUAGAGUCGCUGCAACUUGAUUAUAGAAUAGUUCAAGCUGCAACAAAUGAUUAUUCAGAGAAUAAUAAAAUUGGUCGAGGUGGAUUUGGUGAGGUUUACAAGGGUACAUUUUUGAAUGGGACUGAAGUUGCGGUGAAGCGAUUGUCGAAAAACUCAGGACAAGGUGAAGCAGAGUUCAAGACCGAAGUUGUUGUAGUUGCAAAGCUUCAGCAUAGAAAUCUUGUUAGGCUUCUGGGGUUUUCACUACAAGGAGAAGAAAGAGUAUUGGUCUAUGAGUAUAUGCCCAACAAAAGCCUUGAUUACUUCCUCUUUGACCAUUCAAAGCAGGUUCAGCUAGACUGGACUCGCCGAUACAAGAUCAUUGGAGGAGUUGUUCGGGGGAUUCUAUAUCUUCAUCAAGAUUCACGGCUUACAAUUAUACACCGUGACCUGAAAGCAAGUAACAUUCUCCUGGAUGAAGAUAUGAAUCCCAAAAUUGCAGAUUUCGGAAUGGCUAGGAUCUUUGGAUUAGACCAAACCCAAGAGAACACAAGCAGAAUAGUUGGUACCUUAUCUGUUGUGGGUUACAGCGGUUACAUGUCUCCUGAAUAUGCGUUGCAUGGCCAGUUCUCAAUGAAAUCAGAUGUCUAUAGCUUCGGAGUGUUAGUUCUUGAGAUUAUAAGCGGUAGGAAGAAUAGCAACUUUGACGAGACAGGCAACGCACAAGACUUGGUCACACAUGCUUGGAGGCUAUGGAGUAACGGAACAGCAUUAGACCUUGUUGAUCCAGUUAUUAUAGAUAACUGCCAGAGGAGUGAAGUAGUUAGAUGCAUCCAUAUUGGUCUUUUAUGUGUUCAAAACGAUCCUGUUCAGCGUCCGACAGUGUCAACCAUUUGUGUGAUGCUCACUAGUAAUAGUAUUACUUUACCAAUGCCUCAACAACCAGGGUAUUUCAUUCAACAUAGACCUGAGAAGGACCCGCUUGAUACAGAUCAAUCUACUUCGACCAAGACAGUUCCAGUUUCUAUUGACGAUGCAUCGUUCUCUGAUUUAUAUCCUCCUUCAUGUUUAGAUUAAUUGGCAUUACUGAAUUCAAGUUUAAGCAUAUGUUCGUAACAUAUGUUAGUCCUGAUUACUGUUUAGUUUUGUUUUGAUUUGU